CGACCUCAUAACACCAACAGGGUGUCCAAAAAGGACAUUUUAUUCUUUUGGAGUCUGGUUCACCGUACCCCGGUGAAUAUGGCGGUCCUUAUGGCUCGUUUCUUCCGGAGCCAGGGGAAGACUGUCCGCCGCACUAUCCAGGCAGGACCUUUUGUCACCACUCUCGUUCGAUCAUUCUAUCCUACCCUAGACAUUCCAGGGCUACUACAUCUACAGGAUAGCAUCCGCGUUCUUCAUUCUUCUUCCUUUGGCAACAUGAAGAUCAAGAAGAAACGGAGUAUUCAGGAGCUCCCAGGCACCGAGCAGAGUGGUUCCUCUCGACCCCCACCGCACAGGAGAUAUAGUGAGCCCUCCUCAGACAUGCCCAGUGCAUCAGAUUGGAGGGCGAUGAUAGACGGGAUGAGGAGUCUACAGACCUCAGUCUCCGAGAUGCGGGUUGCACAGGACAGAGGAUUUCAGGAGAUGCGAGAGGCGCAUACAGCGGUCCUGGGGGAAUUCAGAGAUUUCCGACGGGUGCAGGAGGACGCCUACAGGGAUAUUCAGGAGCAGUUAGAGACCCAGAGGCUAGAUAUUGAUGAGAUGCGAGACUGGCUUAGGCCCAACUAUGGCCCCCAGGAUGGCACAUGCGAUGUUUAGAUUUGCUUCUUCCUUAACAUUUUUAUUAUGUUUGUUUGUUUUUCAGGUUGGACAUUGCGCUGCUCUUUUGACUUGAAUGCUCUUACAAACUGACUAUGGAUGAUAUAGGCUUUUCCAUUGAAUGCUGCUGUCCAGAGGCUUCACUGUAUGUCUCAGAUAAAUUUCUUAAAGAAAAGAAUAUGUUGGAGCCUGGGAGGAAAUGGCCAUCAGCAUACCUGUUCUUACACAUGUGGCUUGAGAGAUGUUGACAAACAAAUUGUUCUCUUGAUGAGAAAAAUUUCUAUCUUAAGAGAUAAUAAAAUGGAAAAAGAAUUUGACUAUAGGAUGCCUGGUUCGCUUUCCCUUUGGCAUGACGCCAUGACUUCAGAGAUCUUGAUUUUGGAGAACUUGGAAAAGGUUUUAGCAAGGGAAGAAAAAGUGAAUUAAAGGGCCAUUUUUCAUAAAGCAGUUUAUAGUGGACCUCUGUUAAGAUAUCUUUUAAAAUAUGGUAAGAUUAUUCCAUUGGGCUUUUCCUGUAAAGCUUCAUCAUUUUUCCCCGAUUUGCA